UGAGUGUGUUUUUGUGAGGGUGAGGAGACAGUGAAGACUGGUACAAAGAGGUGAGGUGGAAAAAGAGGAAGAUAUUAACAUAGAAAGAGACAUGAAGGGGUGGUGAGAGGGCAAGAAUGUAUCUUCCUGUCCUUGAGGCUUCUUCUUCUUCCUCCUCCUCCUCCUCCUCCUCCUUUUCCUCCUCCCCGCCCCCAAACACCAUCUCAAGGCCAACAAACUGUUCAAAUCUAUUUGCAUAAAGUGCAAAAAAGGGAGCUCACAGAGGAGGGUAGGUGAUAGUGGCCAACGGACACAGAGGAAGGAGGACCCAGAGCUGACACGGACACAGCAAGCUAUUACACAGCUCCUGAGCACACACCCACUCUUUCUCUCUAUCUCAAACACACACACAUAUACACCACACCUGUGACUCAGGCAGACUACUCAGACCAGUACAGAGGAGGACUUUAGUCUGGAUAGAGGCUCAAUUAAAAGCCCAGAACUACCUGUUGGAAGCUCAGAAGUCAGUUGACUUUGGCUUCCAAAAAAAUGCCCGUUGGAGUGUAAGGGCAGUGAGCUGACCUCGACGUAGAGAGACAGAGAGAGAGAGAUAACAAGUGGAUCAUCUGACACCUUCCUCAGUCAACAGAUAAUCCAGAGGUUAAGGACAAAAGAGUCGUGACAAAGGAGAGGUCGGACAUGGAACAGCCUCAGCAGGUUUGGCACACACAGGCACCGUCCUCGGAUAUGGCUGGAGAGCUGCAAAAGAAAGUGUCAAUCAUAAGUCAGCCCGAGUGCUCCAUCUGCUACAACACCUACGACAAUGUCUUCAAAACACCCAAGCUGUUGGAGUGCACCCACACCUUCUGCCUGGAGUGCCUCUCCCGUCUCAUGGCGGUAUCGCAGACCGACCAGGAUGGCAACGAAGGCAGCACAAACCUCUCCUGCCCCUUGUGCCGCCACCUCACCACGCUGUCCAACGAGGGACCGCCGGGCCUGGCCACCAGCCGUGAGGUCCUGUGCAAGUUACCCAGCCACCUUCAGCAGGAGAAGCCAGUGUGGUUGGAUGGGGAGAAGCUGUGCUAUAAAACAGCCGGGCACAACGCCAACUUGGGCGCACCUGAAAGUCCCACGGCCUUGUGCAUCUGCAUCGACAUUGGGGCCAGCAAGAGUAUGGAUGCUCCCGUCCAGUCGCAGCCCCAGACUUUAAGCCUGAUGGAACGGCUUGCAGAUUGGAAGAGAUUAGUGCUCUUCAUUGUGCUCAUGGUGCUGCUUGUUGUCGUGGUGUUGUGGCCUCUCCAGUGUGUAUUCAGCACUGGAAAAAUGCGCUGUAUGCGAGAACAUGGUCAUCCCAACCCUACUACCACCACAACCACCACCAUUUCCACCUUAUUCCCAAGAGCACAUGGUCUGACAGAAUAAACUUUGUGUGACUAUACUUCACUGUCAAUGUACAUAGUAUUGUAAAUGUAGGUAUCAGUAAUAUUUUCAAUAUUUGAGAAUGUACAUUUUUUUUGUGCAUAAUUUCACAAUAGGUGCACAUGGUUUUUGCUACAAACAACAGUCAACACCUCAGAUUUGUAACCUGCAGCAGAACCACAGAUGCCAAAGCCCUUAUAUGUGGCUUUCUACAUUUCAAACCUUCGCACCUCUAUGUGAUUCAAAACAGACACUGUAGCAUAAAUGUGCUGCAUGAAUUUUCAAAACUCAUGCCGUCAAAAUACAGAGACUUUAACUCUACAAAGCUGGGAUUCCUUCUCAACAGGAUGGACUUUACUGAACUCUUUUUAUAGUUGUUUAAACACUGACAUAAAGUAGAUCUACUAAUGUUUCUUCAAAUCAUGUUCAGUGUCAUAAACAUAUUCACAGAUAUCAUGUUUGCACUUUAAUCAACCUGUGGUCUGAAAUUGGAAUUUGAAAAUGUGCCAAAGAUCACAUCGGGCUUUAUUUGAAGAUUCUACAUGUCACUCAUAAUUGGGUGCAGAUGAUUAAUGAUACACCUGAAGGCAUUGCUGUAUACUUAACAAAUGUUAUGUAAGGGCAUGCAUGUGACAGCAAAAAUGUAAUUAUUAUAAACUGUUAUUUUCAGCUGUUUGAGCUACUCACAGCACAUAAUAAGCCCCUUCCUUGGCACCAUGGUCAUUUUGGGACCGACUAGCAGCCUGGUUGAACUGUUGUCUAAUUUGGACACUUGGCAGAGUAUCAGAUAAUGAAGAACACAAGUGGAUUGAUUUGCUGCGGGCAUCUAUUCAACAUUUAACGGUAACGCUGUCGUAUCUGAGCCAAACGGUGUUUAAAAUGCUGCAAUGCUUUGCAAAUGUCAGGUUGACUGAAGAACAACAAAUAAACAACAACAAAACAAAGGUCUGUCACUAAAGGAAGGGAUUGUAAUUCCAAUGUCCAAGUAAAAAGUCAGAUUGCAUAUAUUGUACAGUUGAUCUGCGUGUUUUGAUAUGUCCUUGUUUACAGAACUCGAAUAAAAAAAAGUGAGUUACAAGCUCAGAAAA